CCCGUCAUACUCUAUCAUUGUCUUACUUGAACAAAGAAUAGAAACUUGUGGAAGUGCGACCUCACAUUCCAAUCCAUCUCACGACUCGACCUUCUAAAUGUCUCAAGUAAGGGACGUUGGCCGCAGAAGGAAACAGAUACACGACUUAAUGUACCAAGUUACAACUUAGUCCUGAUUAUCCUGAGGCUAUGUAAACCAGACCGUUUGCGGAUAUAGCCAAUAUGUGCUAUAUAUCGGCAUUAUGUCAAUGUUCCAAGCCAGGACUCGUCCUUUCAAAAGACGAAAAGACAAUGAACUACCUAACGUUUUUGUCUCUCAAAACCAUAUUCUAAUAUCACUGUUGGUCCUGCUCUUCCUGCCAAAUACCACUAAGAACACAAGAGAGGAACAGCGAAUACCCUCACACCCUUCCACCAUGUCGUCCCGCUACCCCAAGCGCAAGCGCGCCGCCAUCGACUACGCGGCCAUCGCAUCAGGCAACACCCAAGCCCCUCGCACAUCCAAGACGGGCAAAGCCCAGGCUCUCCGGCUCCCCAAGUCGAAGCGACCAGCAACUUCGCCCUCGCCCCCCAAACUUUCUAAAUCCUCCUCUAAAGCCGCCAACCCUGCUAGAGCAUCUAAAACACCCAAAGCCCCUAAGGUUAAAGCAGCCGUUAAGGCCAUUAAGGCCCCAAAGCGCCCCGUCGUCGAAAGACCCGAGCCCGAGCCCCUGGACCAGAAUUCAGACGGGGGCCCAGACCCGCCGUCGCCGGACCCGGAGAUCGAUCCUGAGCAGCUAAGCGCCACGACAGCGACGCGCACAUCCUACGCCACCACCACCACUCCCUCGACAGAGUUCGUCCCACAAUAUGAGCAGCAGCAGCAGCAACCCACACCCGUAUCCAUCCAACCCAAACCCGGCCCCCGUCCGCGGUCUAUUUUCGACCCGGACCCGGACGUAGACCAGCUAUUCCGAAUGAUGGAUCAGCAAGAGCAAGACCUAGCAUUCCUAGACAUGGACACAGACCCAGAGCCGUUCCCGGACCUAAUAAACGACUCCUCCUCCUCCUCUAUCUUCUACCAGCCGCGCACGAACCCGCUAACGGAGCUGAGCGUGCAAGAAGUGGUGGAUUUCGUCGGCACCGUGAUAUACUUCGUGCGCGCCGUCAAGCGCAUCCGGAUCGACGUCGCGAACCCGCUGUCCGUGACGCGGGCGCUGGACGCGCGGGACCGCGUGUGGGACGACCCGGCGCGCGACUGGGCCAAGUACGGCGACCGCGCGUGGCGGCAUCGGUUCCAUGUGGCCGACGGCCUGUACGAGAUGCCGUUGGGCCACGUCGCGGCCUUGGUAGAUGUGGUGAUGAGGUUUAAGGAAGACCUUGAUGACAAAGGCAUUCACAUCGGGUUGUGAAGCAGGAUUGUUUCCGUUAGAAUGACUUGGGGCUUAGUAUAUCUGAAAAGGGGUUGUAUUACAUUUACG